GAAAUUUCAACAUUUCCAGAGCUUGGUGUAAACUGGCUUCCUGGGGUUUGUUACCACCACUUUGAAAUUGUGUGUGCCAGUGGGAGUUGGUGGCUGUUUGUAUUCAGGAGAAUGCACCAUGCAUCGUAAGUGGAGUGGAUUGAUAGUGGUGAUCCAUCUGCUGUGUGCUAACUUUCCCAGGACCCUGGUGACCGAGAGUGUGCAUGUGCUAGAAGUCUGCCAGGAUCCAAGGUACAGGUGGAAGACCUCAGAUCUACGUGACACUGGACCUUACUCUGAAACCAAAAGCAAAUGAAAAGAAACUUAAUUUUAAAAGCGUCUUCUGAUCCACCAAGAAGAGGGUAACUGGAUUGCUCAGCCAGAAUGAGGAGCAGUUUUACCGAAAGAAGAGGACAAUAUUGGGAUCCUCUUUGACCUGUCCAUUUGGAAAUAAUACUGUCUGUUGAGAUAUAGAAGGGUAGAAAGCUUUUAUUUGGAACAAUGAAUUUCCUAAAGGAGAAUAGUCAAGUCCUUAUUCAAAGGAUGGGAAUGACUGUUAUAAAGCAAGUUGUGGAUGAGCUCUUUGUAUGGAAUGUUCUGAAUUUUGAAGAAGUAAACAUCAUUUGCUGUGAGAAGGUGGAGCAGGAUGCAGCAAGAGGGAUCGUCCACAUGAUUUUGAAGAAGGGUCCAGAAGCCUGUAACCUCUUUCUGAAAUCCCUUGAAAAGUGGAACUAUCCUCUGUUUCAGGACUUGAAUGGACAAAGUCUUUUUCAUCAGAUGUCAGAAGGAGACUUAGAUGAUUUGGCUCAGGAUUUAAAGUAUUUAUACCAUACCCCCUCUUUUCUGAACUUCUACCCCCUGGGUGAAGAUAUUGACAUUAUUUUCAAUUUGAAAAGCACCUUCACAGAACCUGUCCUAUGGAGGAAGGACCAACACCAUCACCGUCUGGAGCAGCUGACCCUGAACGGUCUGCUGGACACCCUUCAGAGCCCCUGCAUCAUUGAAGGGGAAUCGGGAAAAGGGAAGUCCACUCUGCUACAGCGAGUCGCCAUGCUCUGGGCCUCCGGAAACUGCAGGGCUCUGACGAAAUUCAAAUUAGUCUUCUUUCUCCGUCUGAGCAGGGCCCAGGGUGGACUCUUUGAAACCCUGUGUGACCAACUGGUGGACAUACCUGACACGAUCAGGAAGCAGACUUUCAUGGCCAUGCUGCUAAAGCUACGGCAAAGGGUUCUUUUUCUCCUGGAUGGUUACAAUGAAUUCAAGGCCCAGAACUGCCCAGAAAUCGAAGCCCUGAUAAAGGAAAACCACCGCUUCAAGAAUAUGGUCAUUGUCACCACCACCACUGAGUGCCUGAGGCACAUCAGGCAGUUUGGUGCCCUGACUGCCGAGCUGGGGGAUAUGACGGAGAAGAGUGCCCAGGUUCUCAUCCGGGAAGUGCUGAUAAAGGAGCUUGCUGAAGGCUUGGUACUCCAAAUUCAGAGAUCCAGGUGCUUGAGGAAUCUGAUGAAGACCCCUCUCUUUGUGGUCAUCACUUGUGCAAUCCAGAUGGGGGAAAGUGAGUUCCAUUCUCACACACAAACAACACUGUUCUGUACGUUCUACGACUUGCUGAUACAUAAAAACAAGCACAAACGUAAAGGGGUGACAGCAAGUGACUUUACUCGGAGCUUGGACCACUGUGGAGACCUAGCUCUAGAGGGCGUGUUCUCCCACAGGUUUGAUUUUGAACCGGAGGACGUGUCCAGCGUGAACGAGGACGUCCUACUGACGACGGGACUUCUCUGCAAAUACACAGCUCAAAGGUUCAAGCCAAAGUAUAAAUUCUUUCAUAAAUCAUUCCAGGAGUACGUAGCAGGACGCAGACUCAGCAGUUUACUGAUGUCGCGAGAGCCAGAGGAGGUGACUGAGGGGAACAAUCACUUGCAGAAAAUGGUUACCAUUUCAGACAUUACAUCCAAGUACAGCAACCUGCUCCUGUAUACAUGUGGGUCAUCUGCCGAAGCCACCAAGGCUAUUUUGAAUCACCUUGCAGCAGUGUGUCAGCACGGCAGCCUCCUUGGGCUUUCCAUCCCCAAGAGGGCUCUCUGGAGGCAGGAAUCUAUGCAAAAUGAAAAAAGCACCGCUAUGCAAGAGAUUCUGAAAGCCGUAAACGUCAAUUCCUUUACAGAGUGUGGCAUCAGUUUAUUCCAGGAGAGUAUAUCCAAAUCAGCACUGAGUGAAGACUUCGAAGCUUUCUUUCGUGGUAAAAGCUUAUAUAUCAACUCAGAGAACAUCCCUGAUUACUUAUUUGACUUCUUUGAACACUUGCCUAAUUGUGCAAGUGCUCUGGACUUCAUUAAACUGGACUUCUAUGGGGGAGCCGCAGCUUUGCAGAACAAGACCCCAGAGGACACAAGCAAGACCCACAUGGAUGGGUCCUCAGGAACCUACAUUUCCAGCAGGGCCGUGUCUCUGUUCUUUAACUGGAAGCAGGAAUUCAAGACUCUGGAGGUUACACUCCGGGAUUUCAGCAAGUUGAAUAAGAAAGAUAUCAAAUAUCUGGGAAAGAUAUUCAGCUCUGCUACAAGCCUCAGACUAUACAUUAAGAGAUGUGCGGGCAUGGCUGGAAGCCUCAGUUUGGUCCUCAGCACCUGCAAGAACAUUCAUUCCCUCAUGGUGGAAGCCAGUCCUCUUACCAUAGAAGACGAGCAGCAUAUUGCAUCUGUGACAAACCUGAAAACCUUGAGUAUUCACAACCUACAGACUCAGCGGCUGCCAGGUGGUCUAACUGACAGCUUGGGUAAUUUGAAGAACCUCACGAAGCUUACACUGGAUAACAUUAAGAUGAAUGAGGAAGAUGCUAUAAAACUAGCUGAAGGUCUGACAAACCUGAAGAAUAUGUGUUUACUUCGUUUGACCCACUUGUCUGACAUUGGGGAGGGAGUGGAUUAUAUAAUACAGUCUCUGUCAGCCGAACCCUGUGAACUUGAAGAAAUUCAAUUAGUUUCCUGCUGCCUGUCGGCAAAUGCUGUGAAAACCCUAGCUCAGAAUCUUCACAAUUUGGCCAAACUGAGCAUUCUUGACUUAUCUGAAAAUCACUUGGAAAACGAUGGAAACGAAGCUCUACAUGAACUGAUUGGCAGGCUGCACAUCCUGGAAGAGCUAACGGUGUUGAUGCUGCCCUGGUGGAGUGAUGUACGAGUCAGUCUGACGAGGCUGUUGGAGCAACUGGAGGGGGCCCCCCAACUCGUCAAACUUGGGCUGAAAAACUGGAGACUCACAGAUGCAGAAAUUAGAAUUCUAGGUGCAUUUUUUGAAAAGAACCCUCUGCAAAACUUCCAGCAGCUGGAUUUGGCAGGAAACUGUGUGAGCAGUGAUGGAUGGCUUACCUUCAUGGGUAUACUUGAGAAUCUUAAGCAAUUAGUGUUUUUUGACUUCAGUACGGAAAGAUUUUUACCUGAUGCAGCAUUAGUCAGGAAACUUAGCCAUGUGUUAUCGAAGUUAACUUUUUUGCAAGAAGCUAGGCUUGUUGGGUGGCAAUUGGAUGAUGAUGAUGUGAGUGUUAUUAAAGGUGCUUUUACACUAGUAACUGAUUAAAUAAAGGACACCCUGAGCCCAUGAA